AUGUCUACUCUAUCCACCGAUAUCUCGAUCCCGCAACUAAACAUCACCUACAAGCAGCCAUUGGGCUUGUACAUCAACAACGAGUAUGUGGCGUCCAGUGACGGUAAACAGAUCGAAACGGUCAAUCCGGCCACCAACACGACCAUCACCUCGUUUUACGCGGCUUCGGAAGCAGACGUCAACACUGCCGUGGUAGCAGCCCGUCAAGCGUACGAACAAGUUUGGAGCAAGACCUCUCCAGAACAAAGGGGCCGUCUGUUGCACAAUCUGUGCCAGCUGAUCACAGAAAACAAGGAAUUGCUUGCAGCCAUCGAAACGCUCGAUUCGGGCAAACCAUACUACUCCAACGCCCUCGCAGAUAUGGACCAAAUCACGCAGCUCACCAACUACUACGCAGGCGCUGCUGAUAAGCUCGUUAAGGGCCAAAUGAUCCCCAUCAGUCAGGAUAAAUACGCCUACACCGUUCAGGCGCCCUACGGAGUCGUUGCCCAAAUCGUACCUUGGAAUUACCCUUUGGCAAUGGCCAGCUGGAAAAUCCAAGGUGCCCUGGCUGCUGGUAACACCAUUGUGAUCAAGCCUGCAGAAAACACGUCUUUGUCGCUCCUGUAUUUCGCCCAGCUAUUCGAAAAAGCCGGUUUCCCACCAGGCGUGGUAAACGUGUUGCCAGGUCUGGGCGCUGUCACGGGCUCCAGCUUGGCUUCCCACAAAGACGUCGACAAAAUAGCCUUUACCGGUAGUACUGCCGUGGGCCAAAAAGUCAUGGCGCUUGCUGCCACGUCCAACUUGAAAGCAGUGACGCUAGAAUGCGGUGGCAAAUCUCCCGCCGUGGUUUUCGAAGACGCAAACCUCGACGAAGCCGUCAAAUGGACUACCGCUGGUAUCUACUACAACUCGGGCCAAAACUGCACCGCAAACUCGCGUUUGCUCGUGCAGGAAUCCAUCUACGACAAGUUUAUGGAAAAAUUCACCAAAUUCGCCCAAGAAGAAUGGAAAUUCGGCUCCAGUCUCGACCCUUACGACGAGUCCUGCACCGUGGGACCUGUCAUUUCCAAAGCACAAUACGAAAGAGUCCAGGGCUACAUUGAACAUGGCAAAACCCAAGAGAAACUCAGUGUAAAGCAACUCGGCUCACCAGGAGAGACUAACGGUUUCUUUAUUCCCCCCACCGUCUUCACCGAUGUCACUGCAGAGUCCAAACUUGCCCAGGAGGAGAUUUUUGGGCCUGUCGCGGUGGUUCUCAAGUUUAAGGACUACGAUGAAGCUAUUGCACUAGCCAACAACACCACUUACGGAUUGGCAUCGGCCGUUUUCACGGAAGAUAUUCGCAAGGCCAAUCAUUUCGCCAGAGACAUUAAAGCUGGAACUGUGUGGGUCAAUUCCUCCAACGACGAGGAGAUCUCCGUUCCCUUUGGUGGUUUCAAAAUGAGCGGGAUUGGCCGUGAACUAGGUGAAAGCGGUAUGGAAGCUUACACUCAAACAAAAUCGGUUCAUGUCAACAUUUCCAAACUCUGA